AUUUCAAAACACUGCAGUGUAAUAAUUCCGCACGAGUUUUUCGUUCAUCGAAUUGAUAUUACGAUUAAAAUAAAACUUUUGCGUAUUUAAAACGCUAAAUUGCUGUGAAAAAUCGCGAGAAACAUCCAGAUAUCUGUUCCAGUAGAACUACUUUGCUGAAGAAACCCAUCUUCGACGUAGACCAAGUUACACCUUUAUCGAAAAUGCCGGACUUGACCGAAGUAGAAACAACCCUUCCCGUCGCCGACGAACACAAAGUUGACGAUGACUCAGCCACAGAUAGCGAUUCGGAUCACACAAUGCCUGAUUUAGAAGAUGGCACGGCUACCAGACCUGCUAAUGCGAAUACAAACAACGAAAUGCUUUCGUCGGUAACCGGCCUACCAAUUGAUAUGGUCAGCAAAGCCAAACAAUCCAGAGGCGAGAAGAAAGCUAGAAAAAUUAUGUCGAAAUUGGGCUUAAAGCAGAUUCUAGGUGUUAACAGGGUAACAAUUCGUAAAUCGAAGAAUAUCUUAUUUGUUAUAAACAAACCAGACGUUUACAAAAAUCCUGCCUCCGAUACCUAUAUCAUAUUUGGCGAAGCCAAAAUCGAAGAUUUAAGUCAGCAAGCUCAGGUAGCUGCCGCUGAGAAAUUCAAAAACCCCGAUUCCUCAAUUAGCACUACCGUCAACGCGGAUAUUAAAGGUAAUACUGCUGUAGGCGCUUCAGUGAAAGAAGAUUCAGACGAUGGCGAGGAAGUCGAUGAUACUGGUAUCGAAGAGAAAGAUAUUCAAUUAGUUAUGUCUCAAGCUGAAGUUGGUCGAAAACGUGCCAUUAAAGCAUUACGAAACAACGCCUACGAUAUCGUAAAUGCGAUUAUGGAACUUACUAUGUAAAUUAAAACUGUACUAUUGAUAUAUUUAUAUUACAAAAUUAAUCUCCCUGUUGAAAAUAACAUUCGUCUGUUGAUUUUUUUCCCCCUCUCUGUUAUAUAAUAUUACAAUAUUUUGUAAUCUGCUGUAUGACUGUAAUUUCAAAAUGUAUUUAUUUUUCUCAGUAGUUGAAAUUUGUUUACAAUCGGAAAAAGUUAUCUUAUGAUUUUGUAAGCAUGCAUUCAAAUAAAUACGAGUUCAACUUUUUACUUCCAUUUUGCGAUCUCAAUCAAUUCAACGUGAAGAUGCAUUCGUUUAAAUUUAUGUCUGUGUAAUUUCUAAGAAGAGAGUUAUGCAGUUUUUGUUUGAUACUAGUUAUGAUACGAAUAAACCAUUAAUUAUG